AUGUUUCAGUUCCCUGUAGGUCGUAUCCACAGGCACCUGAAGACCCGAACUACCAGCCAUGGUCGUGUUGGAGCUACAGCAGCGGUGUACAGCGCCGCUAUCUUGGAGUACCUGACUGCUGAGGUUUUGGAGUUGGCUGGUAAUGCCUCCAAGGAUCUGAAGGUGAAGCGUAUCACUCCAAGGCAUUUACAGCUGGCCAUCCGUGGUGAUGAGGAGUUGGACUCGCUUAUCAAAGCUACUAUUGCUGGCGGAGGUGUGAUUCCACACAUCCACAAGUCACUGAUUGGAAAGAAGGGCCAGCAGAAAACUGUAUAAAUGCAUUGAUGUUCGAUUCUGUCUUUGUCUAGAAAACGGCAAUCAGCAUUGAGAGAGCAGUUGCUUUUGUUACAUUUCCCCAUUUGUUUGGUUAUGUUUGGUAAGCGUAGUUUAACAUAACAAUGGUUAGAGUUUGACAUACUAUAUUCAUGAUAAUUAACGGGGAGGGGGUGUUACAUGUUGUGGGGUAAGGAAAUGUAAUCAUGGUUUUUGUUUAGUUGGGUUAAGGAAUGGGUUUUGUGAGGUUUGGGUUUCAUUAUUGGCUUUUUAAAAUCUGUUUUAUACAUUAAAAGAUUUUUUUUUU